AUGCUUGCCGAGUCUCAACACGAUGAUGCCACGCCUACGGAUCUAGCGACCUUCAACAUUGCCGAUCUCGUGAAAACACCCCAUAAUGCGCGUCUCUACAAAGAAGUCCAGACCUUGAAGAAGCUCAUCAAUGAGCUUGUCGAUUACCAGCUGGCACAUCCAAAGAUCAACAAUCCACAAACUCGUGAAGAAAUAGAAUCCGAGAAGGCAACGAAACGGGAAAUCGAGAAGCAAGAAAAAUACAUUCGCGCGCAGUUGUCCAUCAUCAAGUCUUUGUACCGACAGAGUGUGAUGAAGGUGCGCGAGGAAAAGGCAAAGACGUCAGACGAUAGGGCAGUCAAUGACGCCUUGAUACUAGGCUUGCAUAACCUCAAAUAUGAGGAGCAGUCUCUGCGAUCUGAGAUAUCGGCUGCGGAGAACUACGACCAUAAAUACAUGAAGCUUCCUCUUAUUCCGAUCGAAGAAUUCCUCGAAGAGUUCCCGGAACACAGGGAUGCGAACGAACAAGAUCUCAUGGCAGCACGCAUAGAGCACGAAUAUCAAGUCCGCGUGAGGCUAGAAGAACGACGCCAAGAGAAGCUCAAGCAAAAGCAGAAGUUGAUUGCCGAGGUAAAAAAGGGCAAGGACGAUCUCACGAAGCUCGAUACAAUGGUAGAAAAGUUCAUCGAGGCUGCGGAGCCCAUCAAGAAAGUUCUUGCUACAGAGUAG